AUGGCCAGUCAUAGUAAUUCGGCUUCCGAGUCAGAGGAAAGUGACGGCGUCGAGAUUUCGUGCCAGCGUCGCUUCGCGCUGCUCUAUCGCAGCAAAUUUGGAAGCGGAAAGAAUUCGAACAGCCGUUGCAUUUUGUUGAAAGACAAACUGUACAGUCCGCCCGAAUUUCUCAGUCAGUGUAAAGUUUCACGCCAAAAAGACUGGAAGAAAGUCCUUUCAUUUAGAGAGUCGAGUUUGCACACGUUGAUGAAAGACGGUCGUUUGCCCGUUCACAGUAGUCGCUGCUCGUGUGCUUGGUGCUCUCAGAAUGUCUUGAAGAGAAGGAGGGGAACCAAUUUGACUAGACAGAGAAAACAACGUAACCAUAGUGAUGACACUGAUGAGUCUGAUGGGUCUGAUGAGGUUUAUAUUGAGAAUGUGAAUGACUCGGAUUAUGAGUUUGGUGAUGAUUACAAGUAUGUGGCAUCCAAACAAUUUGGAACUCCUAGUAAGAAAUCGAAGAUUAAACUGAGGUCGAAGAGGGCACCUGUGCCAUUGAUAGAGGAAUCCAGUGAUAGCAGCAGUGAAGACGUUAGUGACAAUAAUGAGAGAGAUGAGAGACUUGUCGGUCACUCUACAGCAGCUCAAUCAAUUAACUGCAUGUCAUUAAAGAUUUCACGCAUACAGAAUGAAGACAUUCAGUCCACGAGACAAGAUGAUGCUACAAACAGAGAAGAGAAUGAUGGUAGGAAUAGUGAUUAUAGCAAUUCAAGUACUUUGCCUGAGUGUAUAGACUGUCGGUCACCAGACAGUACAGAAGGAAAUGAUGCAGUAGAGUCACCGUCCUUGUUGCGUUGCUUUACAGCAGAUUCAUUACCGGACACACAUCUAGAAGCCAGCAAUGCAACAGACGGUGAGGAAGAUGAGAAACCAGAUGAAAGGACGGAAGUUUGUGUGAAAGCGAGAGGUGGUGAAGAGAUCAACAUCAAUUGGCAGACCUUGUUUGUUUGUCCUCGUUUGAAGUCGAAGGUGAGACAUGGAGGAAUUCGUGACGAGAUAAAUUUGAUGGGCUACAGUGUUAACGUCAUUCAAAUGCUCUUGCAAUUCAUUAACGGUGAAGAAUUUGAUUGCACAACGCUGAGCGAGAGUGACAUGUGUGCAUUGAUCGAAUUGGGCUUCGAAUGUCUGGAUGAAGAGACUACAAAUGAUCUAAACACAAAAGCAUUAAUCAAACAGAUCCUAACAGAAGACAACGUUGUGUCUACCUACUCAACAGCGUUUACAGAAAAGUUUCAAAAAGCGUUAGAAGUCUGUAAGAGGUUUGCAGACGGGUGUGACUUGCAGGUUCUCGCCACAAGCUCAGGAUUCAGGAAAGUCGUACCUCUUGCCGUCUCUUAUUUGUUCCGCCGUGACAUCAGCAGCUAAGGUGUUUAAACUAGAACUACUGUACAAUGGUUAGUCUGUUUUACUAAGUUAGCCGUUUAGGUUUCUUACUUUCAUUGCAUAAACAAGACAUAGGCUGUCAUGUGGAGCAUCCUCCUAGACUCUAACCCAGUCUCACUCCGCUUUCGUCA